UAAGGAAACGGAGAAUCAAGAGAAGAAAAAAACCAGUCAAGAUCAAAAUCAAAACACAACGAAACGAAGACAGCCAAUGGAAGAAAGAGAGAUCGCAUAAUUUUGUUUGAUCUGAAUUCUCUCUUCUUCUCUGCCUUCAGCCUGUGCACGCACCCACCUCCAUAUCUAUGCGUGAUUAGAUCUAUAUAUAUAUAUAUAUAUACUUACACGUAUGUUUAUACGACUAAUUCAUCGGCCAUUUGGAAGACGAGCAAGAUGUCUCUCAACAUGAAAACCCUGACCCAAGCGCUAGCGAAGACUGCAGCGGUGAUCGAGAAGACAGUACAGACCACGGUACAGGAGGUGACCGGCCCAAAACCAUUGCAGGACUAUGAACUCCUCCACCAGAUCGGGUCCGCCGGGCCUGGGCUUCUCUGGAAGUUAUACUCGGCGAAGGCUGCGCGGGAAGGGAUGCGUACGCAGCAAUAUCCCGUUGUCUGCGUCUGGGUGCUCGAUAAACGGGCACUGUCCGAGGCACGAACUCGUGCGGGGCUGUCUAAAGCUGCGGAGGACGCGUUCCUCGAUCUGAUCCGAGCGGAUGCGGGACGGUUGGUCAGGUUGAGGCAUCCUGGAGUGGUGCACGUGGUGCAGGCCCUGGACGAGAACAAAAAUGCUAUGGCCAUGGUCACCGAACCCUUGUUUGCUUCGGUGGCUAACGCCCUCGGGAAUGUGGAGAAUGUGGCCAACGUCCCCAAGGAGCUCAAGGGAAUGGAGAUGGGUUUGCUGGAGGUGAAACAUGGUUUGCUCCAGAUUGCAGAGUCCUUGGAAUUUCUCCAUAAUAAUGCGCGUCUCAUUCAUCAAGCUUUAUCACCUGAGAAUGUAUUUAUUACUUCAAGCGGAGCUUGGAAGCUUGGUGGAUUUGGUUUUGCAAUCUCAACUGAUCAGGCUUCACGUGUUUCGUCUGUGCAGCCUUUUCAUUAUGCUGAAUAUGAUGUUGAGGAUUCUGUGCUGCCUCUUCAGCCAUCAUUGAACUAUUCAGCGCCAGAAUUGAUUCGGAGUAAAACGCCUUCAGUGGGAUGUUCUUCUGAUAUUUUCAGUUUUGGAUGCCUUGCCUACCAUUUGAUUACACACAAACCAUUGUUUGAUUGCCACAACAAUGUCAAAAUGUACAUGAACACCUUGACUUACAUAUCCAGUGAAGCUUUCUCCUCAAUUCCACCAGAGUUAGUUCCUGAUUUGCAAAGGAUGCUCUCUCCAAAUGAGUCUUUCAGACCAACAGCAUUGGACUUUACAGGUUCUCCAUUUUUCCGGGAUGACACUAGGUUGCGUGCUCUUCGCUUCCUCGACCACAUACUUGAAAGAGAUAACAUGCAGAAGUCUGAGUUUCUGAAAGCAUUAUCAGACAUGUGGAAAGAUUUUGACUCCCGUGUAUUGCGGUAUAAGGUACUGCCUCCUCUCUGUGCAGAACUUCGGAAUUUGGUGAUGCAACCAAUGAUCCUACCCAUGGUUCUUACAAUAGCAGAGUCUCAGGAUAAAGUUGAUUUUGAGCUGUCCACACUGCCUGCUCUUGUUCCUGUCUUGAGUAGUGCUGCCGGUGAGACACUAUUGCUGCUUGUGAAGCGUGCAGAGCUUAUUAUCCACAAGACUAAUCAGGAGAACUUAAUAUCGCAUGUCUUACCAUUGCUUGUUCGAGCUUACAAUGAUACAGAUACUCGCAUACAAGAGGAAGCUUUGAGGAAAUCAGCAUUCAUUGCUAAGCAACUUGAUGUUCAGCUAGUGAAACAAGCAAUUUUGCCUCGUGUUCAUGGUCUAGCCUUAAAAACAACAGUUGCUGCAGUGAGAGUCAAUGCUUUGCUUUGCUUAGGAGAAAUGGUUCAUAAACUCGAUAAACAUGCUGUUUUGGACAUCUUGCAAACAAUUCAGUGUUGCACGGCAGUAGACCAUUCUCCUCCAACCCUUAUGUCUACUCUUGGGGUUGCAAACUCAAUUCUGAAGCAGUAUGGAGUGGAAUUUGCUGCAGAGCACAUCCUUCCUCUUCUUACACCAAUUCUCACUGCACAGCAAUUGAACGUUCAGCAGUUUGCCAAAUACAUGCUCUUUGUUAAGGAUAUCCUCAGGCAGAUAGAAGAAAAGAGAGGAGUUACUGUUACUGAUUCUGGAAUUCCAGAAGUAAAGCCAGCGCCUGUUGUCAAUGGGAUUCAGUCUCGAGUCUCAAACAAUAUAAGUGGGAAUGUUGCAUCUACAACGAAGAGAAGUCCAUCAUGGGAUGAGGAUUGGGGCCCCACCAAGGGACCUGCCACUUCCCGUCAAACUUCCACCGACAACUCAUCUUCUGCUCUCCCUCCUUCAGUUAUUCAGCCUAUUCAAUUAACUUCUCUGCAAUCGCUGUCCAUUACAUCUGCCCUGUCUAGUCAGCAGACAGAAGUUCCUUCAGUGGAUAUAGAGUGGCCUCCUCGCACGUCCUCGGGUGUAAGCUCUUCGUCAGGCGAUGUUGAGAAGCAAUUAAACACAGGUGCCCCAUCCUCUGCAAGUUUUGAUGAUUUAGAUCCAUUUGCUAAUUGGCCACCUCGACCCAGCAGCUCUUCUAGUGGUCCUGGAACUUUUGAUAAUAGCAACUCGGGUCCACCCACAAACAAACAUGGUUCCAGUUUGAGCACCAGUAAACCAAAUAAUUUGAUCCAAACCCACAGCAAUAACAAUUGGGCCUUCAGCAAUCAAAACUCUAUUGAGCCAAUCAGAACAAAUCAAGGGGCUUCAGCUUUGAAUAGCAGUAGUUUGAAUGGGGGUAAUAAUUCUCAGAGCUCUAUUGGGUUUUUGAAACAGAAUCAAGGGUUAUCAUCUUUGGGUACUUUUUCCAAUGAUAACAAAUCAACAGAUCUUGGAUCGAUAUUUGGUUCUGCCAAGAAUGAACAGACCACCCCAAAACUUGCUCCGCCACCAUCAACUGCCGUGGGAAGAGGAAGAGGAAGAGGGAGGGGGGUCACUUCAACCUCAAGGUCUGGUCAUGGAAAGCCGUCAUCUCAGCAACCACCUCUGUUGGAUUUGCUGUAGUUGGUGCAUUUUAUUUUUUGUUUUACUGGAACUGUGAAAUCAGUGAAAGAGGAAACCUGGAUGUGCGUUUGUAGAAUAGUCAUGCGAUGCAACCCAGAGACACAAGGUAGUUUUGGCAUUUUUGGGGACUGGACUUCAUCGAUCACCACGAGGAUGCACCCAAAGUGGCUCUCGGAAAUAGCGUGGUGUGUUACAUAAUAGUAUGUUGUUUGCAGGCUAUUUUGAUGUUACAUUUUAGAAUUUCACAUCCUUUCUUAUUACUUUUGGCUUGGUCCUUUGUCAGCUCCAUGGUCAAUAAAUUUUUUUGUUCAGGAUAAUGUAUUAUUUGGGAAACAUCACAUUCCGGAUUGUACGACUGGAUUUGCAAAUAAUAGUAGCAAAUGUUUGGGCCUCUACUGAAACGCAGUGGUUGAUUAGUAUGUGAUGCAAUGAUAGAAUAUAUCACAUUGGUGCA